AAGCGGAAGAAUACUGGAAGAAACUUGGCGAUAACGCUUCCCUAGAAUUCACCGAAUGGAUUCAUUGUAUCAACGUAGAUACGCAAAUACGAAUAGUUACCGGUCAACAAACUUACGCGCUCUCUACAUAUUUCAACUCUCUCCUUCCGCCGCACCUCAAAAAACCUCUCCCUCAGUCAUCUAUCCAAUCGUAUUCUAAAUUCGUGUCUCAUAUUCUCUCUUUCAAUGAAGUCGGCAAAUAUUUUCACAUUAUCUCACCGUUCUUUAGACACUAUGUCCCAGGCUUUAAACAGAUAGCAGAACGGAUGAAGAAAAGAUUCGGUUGGCUUACAGAGGAAAUGAAAAAAAUUGUAGAUGAAAGGAAGAGAGUGAUUGAAAACAUGAACGACGAGGAAGAGUUGAAAGUCGAUUUGUUGUCUCUGAU